AUGGCAGGUGAUCCAUUCUUAUCUGAUCCUUCUAAGAAGAGAAAACGUCUGAAUAGAUUGACAAGUACUUCUAAAAAAAGCAGAUCAUCAACUCCAACUCCUGCUAGAGAAUCAAGAGAUGAUGAGAUUUCAAGUGGUUCUGAUAGUGAAGAUGAUAAUAGAAGAUCAAAUGAUGAUGAUGAUCAACGUGAUGAAGAUUUAUCAUCAGAUGAAGAAUUUGGUGAUGAAACUGCAAAUGAUAAAAGAAGAAGAUUAGCUAAACAAUAUUUAGAAAAUUUAAAACAAAAUGAAGAAGAAUUGAUUCAAGAAUUUGAUGCCAAAGAUUUAGAUGAUGAUAUUUUAGCAAGAAGAUUACAAAAAGAUAUUGCUGAAACAAAAGGGUUUGUUUAUAAAUUCUAUGGUGACAAGAUUUCUUCUCAAUUAGAUCCUGAUUAUCCAUUAGAUAUAAUAACUACAAGAAUUGGAAGUAAAAACUUAACAAGUAUGACUACACAUUAUCCAUAUCUAUACACCGUUUCCAAAGAUAUACAAAUCAUUAAAUGGGAUAUAAGUAAAGAAAAGAAACCAGAAAGAAUAAAAUCAACUAAAGGUGGAUCAUCAUAUUUUGAAAUUGAUCAAACAAAUCUAGAUGCUAAUCAUCAUUGGCAACAAAUUAAUUGUAUAGCAGCAUCACCAGAUGGAAAAUAUAUUGUUACUGGUGGGUCUGAUUCCAGAUUGAUUAUUUGGUCAAGUGAUGAUCUUUCAUGUUUAAAAAUAUUAGAAACCAGAGCAGCAGUGAAUUCAAUUGCAUUUAGAAGAAAUAGUGAUCAAUUAUUUGCUGCUUGUGCUGAUUUAAGAAUAAGAACUUAUUCAAUUAAUCAAUUCACUCAAUUGGAAAUUUUGUAUGGUCAUCAAGAUAAUAUUGCUGAUAUUUCUGCUUUGGCUAGAGAAACUUGUGUAUCUGUUGGUAGUAGAGAUAAAACCGCCAUGUUUUGGAAGAUUGCUGAAGAAUCAAGAUUAACUUUUAGAGGUGGUGAUUCUAUUGAAAAGAAAAGAAAGAAAAAGAAGACAACGGAAGAUGAAUCAAAUCAAGAUGAAGAUGAUACCCCAUUUCAUAAUGAAGGUUCCAUUGAUGUUGUUAGUAUGCUUGAUGAAUCUCAUUUUGUUACCGGUUCAGAUAACGGUAACGUAGCAUUAUGGUCUUUGGCUAAAAAGAAAGCAUUAUCAACUGAAAGAUUAGCACAUGGAUUACAACCAAAAUAUAAACCUUCAGAAGCUAGUUCGGAAAAAUCUGAAGAAAUCGCAUUACAACAAGUUCCUCAACAACUACCAUAUUGGAUAACUGCAAUCUAUGCCAUUCCAUAUACUGAUCUCUUUAUAACUGGGUCAUUUGGUGGAAGCGUGAAAAUAUGGCAAUUAGGAGAAGGUUUACGUUCAUUUAAACAAAUUGGUGAAGUUCAUAACUUGAAUGGAUGUGUUGUUAAAAUUGAAGCAGUUGAGGUUCCUGGAACUAAAUCUCUAAAAGUAUUUGUCUUAUUAAGUAAAGAACAUAAAUUUGGAAGAUGGUUAGGUAAAAUUCCGGGAUCAAGAAAUGCAUUAGUUAGUUUCACAUUUGAUUUAUAG